GGCGAACCGUCGCCGCUAUACACCAGGCGCCCAGGGCUUCGCCGGCGCCGAGUAGCCACCAGCUGCCGCUCAACAUUCACCUCUGCCAAGGGCAUGGACCACAUGACGAUGCUCGGCGCCGGAGCCCCCCACCAGCUCUCCAGGGCUGAACCAAUGCCUGACCGUAGGUCAAGGUUCUGGCAGACGGAUGUGCAGCCUGUGCCUCGGAUAGACAUCAUCUGUCCUCUGCCUUGUCGCCCUUCCCGCUCACUGCUCCUCAAUAGGCCCAGCCCCAAGCCUAAUGGGGCACUCCCAUUGUAUGGAGCAAACCCUACUUAUGAUAUCGUUGAUCUCAUCCUUAGCAAGAAUGACCCUGAUGUGGAUACUGAUUCAAGCAGCCAGGCGGCCUUUUUCUGUGGCUCGCCUCCUGCCCGCACUAACAACCCUGUUAUCCAUGACCCACAGUUUGGAAAGAAAGCACCAUCCUUUUCUCCUCUAGGAAGCUCUUCUGGAAAAAUGGCAGCUGGAAGAGCUGAAGUAGGUUCUCCGUCCUGCAGGUCGAGCAGCCCAAAAAUGAGAAUCGAAGGUUUUGCUUGCGGGAACAAAGAGCCCCCUCACUGCUUUGCCUGAUGAUCCCCAUUGACCCUGCCUAACCCUGUUUUGCUACCCUGCAACCUGUACAUUUUCGCUGCCCAGCUGAGAGUUCGUUUCGUUAUAAGCUGUUAAACUAGCUGAGAGUCCCAUGUGAUUGUGGCUUUUGAAAAUUGCAUGAUCCAAGGGGACGGAUGUAAAUAGGUCGAGUUGUCCGGUGUAUGUACUAGAUGUUGUAUGCGUCUGGUAAAUGUAGUCAUGCUGGGUGGGUCCAUGUGUCGGCGUCUGUAAAUACAGCCAUGCAUUUGGAUGUGAAAUUUAAAUGCGUCUUCAGUUAUGUUGCCAUGC